CGGUCCGGCCGCCGCCGCUCCGCCGCUCCGGGCCCGGGGCUCCCCCUAGCGCCGCUGAGGAGCCGCCGGCGCGGCUCGAGGAGGGCGGAGGAGCGGGGCUGAGCGCCUGGAGGCUCGAGCGGAGGAUAGAAGGACAAGACAGAAUCACCAGCACUGGCUGAAGCUUUCUUCCAAUAGGAGAGGAACACUUGAAAUAUUUCCUGCUUCUUUUUGGAUCAAUUAUAUGUACUUAAAUUUAUGACUGUGUAUAGAACUAUAGUAUGUCAUACACGGUACCUUAACAUGGGGAAUCUUCUUAAAGUUUUGACAUGCACAGACCUUGAGCAGGGGCCAAAUUUUUUCCUUGAUUUUGAAAAUGCCCAGCCUACAGAGUCUGAGAAGGAAAUUUAUAAUCAGGUGAAUGUAGUCUUAAAAGAUGCAGAAGGCAUCUUGGAAGACUUGCAGUCAUACAGAGGAGCUGGCCAUGAAAUACGUGAGGCAAUCCAGCAUCCAGCAGAUGAGAAGUUGCAAGAGAAGGCAUGGGGUGCCGUUGUUCCACUAGUAGGCAAAUUAAAGAAAUUUUAUGAAUUUUCUCAGAGGUUAGAAGCAGCAUUGCGAGGUCUCUUGGGAGCCUUGACAAGCACCCCAUACUCUCCCACCCAGCAUUUAGAGCGAGAGCAGGCUCUUGCUAAGCAGUUUGCAGAAAUUCUUCAUUUUACACUCCGGUUUGAUGAACUCAAGAUGACGAAUCCUGCCAUACAGAACGAUUUCAGCUAUUACAGAAGAACGUUGAGUCGGAUGAGGAUUAAUAAUGUUCCAGCAGAAGGAGAAAAUGAAGUAAAUAAUGAAUUGGCAAAUCGAAUGUCUUUGUUUUAUGCUGAGGCAACCCCAAUGCUGAAAACCUUAAGUGAUGCCACGACAAAAUUUGUCUCAGAGAAUAAAAAUUUACCAAUAGAAAAUACCACAGAUUGUCUAAGCACCAUGGCUAGUGUUUGCAGAGUCAUGCUUGAAACACCGGAAUACAGAAGCAGGUUUACAAAUGAAGAAACAGUGUCCUUCUGCUUGAGAGUAAUGGUGGGUGUUAUCAUACUCUACGACCAUGUGCAUCCAGUGGGAGCAUUUGCCAAAACCUCCAAAAUUGACAUGAAAGGUUGUAUCAAAGUUCUUAAGGACCAGCCUCCCAACAGUGUAGAAGGUCUUCUAAAUGCUCUCAGGUACACAACAAAACAUUUGAAUGAUGAGACUACCUCCAAGCAAGUUAAAUCCAUGCUGCAGUAACAGUUCUGGAGUGAGACCUGCUGUGGACAGAAGACAGUGUUCUGCAAUGACUGAGAAUGCACAGUUUUUUAGUGAUUGCAAUUACUAUCUCAUUUAUUCUUGCUUUUAUUUCUUUCCUCUGUUCCUCUUCCCUCUUUUUUAAUCAUGUUCUUGUUCUGAAGACUUCUUUUCUGUGCCAAAAUCAGUAAAGUUUCACUCUGAAGGGACAUUGUCCCUUCAAAAAGGCCAUCUAAGGCAGCUAAUUAUGCAUUACAUUGGGGUCUCUACUGAGAAAAAUUCUGUGACUUGAACUAAAUAUUUUUAAAUGUGGAUUUUUUUUGAAAACUAAUAUUUAAUAUUGCUUCUCCUGCAUGGCAAAACUGCCUAUUCUGCUAUUUAAAAGCCCUCAACAACUUUAUUUUCUACUGCCGCUUUUUUCAUGUGCAGCCAAAAUGAAAAUGUUUAAAUUAAUUGUGUUGUACAAAUGGUACCCAACACAAACGUUUUUUAAAUUAGUAAGACUUUUGUUUAAAGUUUUAAGUUUGCAUUUUGACUUUUUUUGUAAGGAUGUAUGUUGUGUGUUUAACCUUUAUUAACUAACGUUAAAAACUGUGAUGUGUGCGUAGAAUAUUACGUAUGCAUGUUCAUGUUUAAAGAAUGGCUGUUGAUGAUAAAAUAAAAAUCAGCUUUCAUUUUUCUAA